UCUGGAAUCCAAAUAUAAUGCGACUCUCUCUCUCUCUCUCUCUUUUUCUUUAUUUAUGUUUUUUUGGAUAAUUAAAGUUCGUCUCUUUAUUAUCUAUCUCUUUGAAAAAACCAUAACAAUUUGCAUUUUAUUUCACAUUUUAUUUCUUCUUCUUUGGCCUUUACAACACCAAAUCUAAUCUGGGUGUCUUUCAUUUCCCAUGUUCUUUCUAGGGUUUUGAGGUUUUUCCCCGUACUGGUUCACCUCCAUUUCUCUUCAAGUUCCUAUUUUCAUCAUCUUGGUACUCUUAGAUCUCCCUUUUAAAAUUUGGGUUCCUUUUAUAUUCGUCAAAGGUUCAAUGUCACAAGGCUUUUCAAUUGAGCUUUACUUUGAUCCGGCACUUGAAAACCAAGUCUUGAAAGCUUGGAAUGUUUUGGCUCGUCGUCAAAUCAGCACUCAGUUAAUUGAAAUUGAGUCAAGACCUCACAUUACUCUCUUUUCAAGCCCUUUUCUUGACCCUGCCAAGCUUGAAUCUGUUGUAAAGUCUUUUGCUUCAAAGCAAGAACCUUUAGCUCUAUCUUUUUCUUCAAUUGGGACUUUCCCAAAUGAAAAAAAUGUUCUUUUUCUUUCACCAGUUCCAACAAUGGCCCUUUUACAGUUACAGGCUCAAUUAUGUGAGGCAGUUAAAAAGGAAGGGAUUGAAAUUGGAGAAGAGUUUAAAGCUGACGUUUGGAUUCCCUAUUGUGCUGUAGCUCAGGAAGUGCCAAAAACAAGAAUGGCUGAGGCUUUUUGUGUGUUGAGAGAGUUGAAGUUGCCUGUUUCUGGAUACGCAAUGGAUAUUGGAUUGGUGGAGUUUUCACCUGUUCGUGAACAUUUCUCAUUUGGACUUGGGAGUACCGCAGAGGCAUGAGAUUUGGAGGGGCCAUUAUGACAGUAUCGGAGGUUAGCCGUGUCCAUCAACUCUAAGUGCUCGAAUGUCAAUAUCAGAGUGAAAAGUUUGACUUGGAUGCAACAAAUAUAUGAUAAUAUGUAAAAGCGGAACACCCAAGUGGGCGAUUUAUUGAGUAAACUUGGAAUGCAAGCUUGAAGGGGCACUAAGACAACCUAAGCGACAAUGUUGAGUGCUGUAAACUAGCCUAAAAGCACACUAGAGAUGUGAGGUUACAUAGCUCAAAGAAGGUGUUUAUAGGACUUACUUGCAUGGGGGAGCCAAGGUGGAACUUGAUCAAAACUCACAAUUGAACGAGGGAGAUUAUUAGGAUAAGGUUCACAUGUGAGUGAAAAAUCUCACAUUAUUAAAAAUCUGAAUGAGAUGUCCCAUAUAUAUAUAUGGAGGGCUUAAGAACCCUGUAGCUUAAGUUUUUGGGCUUAAGUGAUGUCCAAUAUGUAUGUAUGAGCUCUUUGGUGUGAGGAACACCUAUAGCUUUUUUGGUUUGGGGAAUAACCAAGAAAGAUGCAUUUUAAGGCUUUGGGAUCAAGCUUGCUGCGGUUUUGUUGGCUAAUAUGAACAAAGGUAAUGCAACCAAAGAGUUUGAUGGAAAUGAAAGAGAUCAACCAAGUUUGUGGGUAGGAAGCAAUGAGAGUUUGACAAGGUGUUUUAUAGCCAAGAACUUGAGAAGGCAUUCGUUUAACUAAAUAAGUUGCAGUGAGGACAACUUCUCCCUAAAAACAUUUAGGUACAUUGGAAGUCAACAAGAGGGAUUUGGUCACUUCAAUCAAAUAUCUGUUUUUGCGUUCGACAACCCCAUUUUGUUGUGGAGUGUUAACGCAAGAGCUUUGAUGGAUAAUGCCAUGGUUGGUGAGGUAAGGACCGAGAAUAGAGUUGAAGUAUUCUUUUCCAUUGUUAGUUUUUAACACUUAGAUUUUGGCUUGGAAUUGGGUUUGUACCAUGUUAUUGAAGUUUUGAAAGAUUUGGCUAAUUUUGGAUUUUUCUUUCAUAAGGAAUACCUAAGUGAGUCGAGUAUGAUCAUCAAUGAAUGUAAUAACCACCUAAAACCUGUGAUAUUGCUAACUUUUGAUGGUUCUCAAAUGUCACUAUGAAUCAUUUAGAAAAGACUAAGAUGAUUUAUAGGAAAGGUUACGGUAGGUAUUUUGAGUGCGCUUGAAAAAUUGACAAAUUUUACAUUGAAAAUCUUUAGAGAUGUUAUUGAAUAAUGAGGGAAAUAGCAUUUUUAGGUAUGAAAUAUUUGGAUUUUUAGGUAUGAAAUAUUUGGAUGUCCUAAUCUAUAAUGCCAUAACAUGAUAAGGUCAUCCUUACUAGUAUUAGAGGCUAAAGUUGUACAAGAGUUUUUUUAUCUCUCAAGUACAUUAUCUUGAAGAAGGUAGACCCUUGCACACAUCCUGGCAAUGCCAAUAAUCCUCCCCACGCAUAAUUCUUGAAAUUCAUAAAAGUUGGGAAAAAAUUUAGUGACAUAACAUUUAUCUUUCAUAAGCUUACUGAUAGAAAGUAGGUUAUAACAUAAAUUGGGGACAUGAAGGACAGAGUUGAGUGUUAUCUUUCGAAACUACAAUAGAACUAUCCUUUCACCUUUGAGAGAGAGCCAUUAGCAAUUUUUACAGAGAACUAUCAUAGCAAGGUCAAUAUGUGUUGAUUAAGGAUGCAUUUCCUGUUAUGUGAUCUAAUGCUCCUGAAUCAACAAUCCAAGAUUGUAUAUUUCCCAUUUGAACACUUAAGGCGUUUAGGAAAUUACUUUUUUAUGCUAGUAAACUAGUUCCAAAAGUUGCAAACUUGUUUUGAAGGGUUUGUUGGAACAUCACCUCUUUAUGACUUUCCUCAUCCCAUACUUUUGCAGAAGAAGAGUUCUCACUCCUGCUAGCCAUAACGGAAACUCAUGUGGCUAUAGUCUAAUAGUUUAGGCUGACUUGCUCUGAUACCAUGUAAAAACUUAAAGAACAAUUAUCCUUAUUUUUCUUAUUCUAUCUACAA